UCAUGUUCAAGUACCAAAAACAAAACUUCUUCCCCAUUCUCUGAAGAAGCAUAACAACAACAACAAAAAAAAAAAAACAAUUCAGAAAAAUGCCACCCACAAUUGCCCUCUCUGCUUCCUCUUCCUUCUCUCUAAUAUCUUCUUCUUCAUCAUCUAAGAAAUCCACUGCUUUCUCUGCAUUCUCAAAACCCACUCGUACGGACACUUUCCCGACGAGCAAUCCCAGGAGCGUUCGACUCUCCAAUCCUCGGCCGAGGCGGAGCAUGACUAUCCAAUCGGCGGUGUCGAUCGAGAAGGAGACGCCGGAGGCCGAGCUUCCCGACACAUUCCUCCGGGAGGAGUCGUCGUCAGCGUCGUCGUCCGUCAGGGCUCGCUUCGAGAAGAUGAUAAGGGACGCGCAGGACAGCGUCUGCCGCGCCAUCGAGGCGGCCGACGGCGGCGCCUCCUUCAAGGAGGACGUCUGGUCGAGGCCCGGCGGCGGCGGAGGCAUCAGCAGGGUCUUGCAAGACGGCGCCGUUUGGGAGAAGGCCGGCGUCAACGUCUCCGUCGUUUAUGGCGUCAUGCCUCCCGAAGCUUAUAGGGCUGCUAAGGCUGCCUCCGCCGAUCAGAAGCCCGGUCCCGUUCCCUUCUUCGCCGCCGGCAUUAGCUCGGUUUUGCAUCCGAAGAACCCAUUUGCGCCGACAUUGCAUUUCAAUUAUCGGUAUUUCGAGACUGAUGCUCCCCAAGAUGUUGUUGGAGCACCUAGGCAAUGGUGGUUUGGAGGUGGAACUGAUUUAACUCCUGCUUAUAUUUUCGAGGAGGAUGUCAAGCACUUCCAUUUGGUUCAAAAGAGCGCAUGUGACAAAUUUGAUCCCGCAUUCUACCCUCGGUUCAAGAAAUGGUGUGAUGAUUAUUUCUAUAUCAAACAUCGGGAUGAGAGGCGUGGGCUUGGAGGAAUAUUUUUUGAUGAUCUAAAUGAUUAUGAUCAGGAGAUGCUUCUUUCCUUUGCAACUGAAUGUGCUAAUUCUGUAAUUCCUGCGUAUAUCCCAAUUAUAGAGAAAAGAAAGGAUACGCCAUUUAAUGACAGGCAUAAGGCAUGGCAGCAAUUGCGGAGGGGACGCUAUGUUGAAUUCAAUUUGGUCUAUGAUCGCGGUACAACAUUUGGACUAAAGACGGGAGGUAGAAUAGAGAGUAUUCUUGUUUCUCUUCCUCUAACCGCUCGGUGGGAAUACGACCAUAAACCAGAAGAGGGAAGUGAAGAGUGGAAACUAUUGGAUGCUUGCAUAAACCCAAAGGAAUGGAUCUAGUAUUCGCAAACAACUGUUUUUGUAUCAUAGAGUACCCACCACCCCCCAACUUUUUCCUUUUUAUCCGUUACUUGGCCGAGGAUUGUUUUUUGUUGCUGAGGGUUAGAACUUAGCGGUUGUUAUCUUGUUCUGACUAAUCAUUAUUUAGAUGUAUAAGGCGAUGUAAUUGCUACAAUUGUAUCUUCUGUAUGGUUCGUACAUUUUUGGUUGAAUAAUUACCUUCUUGAAAAUUCUAUCAACAAA